AUGAGGUCUAUUAACUCAGUCAUCGAUAUAGUAGGACGCAGCACCCGACACAGUAAAUUCGAGGGCGGCAAGACACCACUGAUUUGCAUGUACAGCUCUGUCGACACCAUCAUGGCCAAACGGCAAGCAAUCAGCCCCCUCAUAAAGGCAGCUCGUGGAGGAAGCCCUCUUCCAGAUCCGUUACCUUUUAUUGACAUGACCGUCAUCCGCCUUCCUGCUGGAGGUCAUCCAAUUCCAGUCUCCAUGGUCGGCUUGGAAGCUGCAACCGCCUCUGCAUCUCAGUACCUGGCAUUGCUCGGUCAGAACUUUUAUCCUGAUUGGGACGCCUCCAAGCUGUACGUUGUCUACGACACCAUGGACCAGGACCAGGGUUUCGAGAUCCCGCUAUGGCUUUUGAUCUGCAUGGGAGUAGUUGCUGCUGUUUGCCUGGCAACAUGGAUGUAUGCACUGAUACUUUUGCCAGAGCGAUGUACCAGUUCGCUGUACAAGGUCCUGACGAUGCAACUGGCCCCAGAGGUUAACAGCUCUGCUCCAAUGCUGAUCAAGUCCAAGAUGAACCCCAUGGAGUUUGAGGGACAUCGAGCCAUGCUGGAGCUCGAGGAGUGCGAAUUGAAGGCUGACAAUUCAGUAUCUAGAGUGACAGUAACAAAUAAAAAUACCGACUGGCCCGGGCGCGUUUCGGCUUAUACAGGUUUACAAAGACUUAUGAUUGCAACUAGUAAACGACUUUGA